CCUCGCUCUCUCUCUCGGGGAAAACGGCCAACCAACGAUUGGACACGCCGCCCAGGCCCUUGGGUGGAAUCGGCUCAACAACUUUGACCUCUUGCUAUCCAUCAUCGUUUGCUUGAACCGCUCGUCACUACCCUCACUCCAUUCUUGGUAGCUCGUCCUUAUUCCCCAAGUUCUCUUCUUCCCUCGUCUUUCGUCCGGUACUCUGGAAGCAAGAUUCGAAUUCGUUCUCAGGGAGAAAGCAACGGCAAUCCUCGAAAACCUCUCACCAACCAAAAGUUAGAUCUCGUCAAACGUCAUGUUGUCCAGGUUGGCGUUGAAGCAGGGCAAGGCUGUCGCUAGGCAGCAACCCUUCCGAUCGCUUGCGACCGUCUCUCCCGCUGCUAGCAAAUACACCGACCCCGUCACCCACAUCUCUACCCUCUCGAACGGUCUCACUGUCGCUACCGAGUCUCACCCUCACGCUCAGACCGCGACCGUUGGAGUUUGGGUUGAUGCCGGAAGCAGGGUUGAUGGACAGAAGGCCAGCGGUAGCGCUCACUUUUUGGAGCACAUGGCCUUCAAGGGAACCAAGAACCGAACUCAGCGAGCCCUCGAGCUCGAGGUCGAGAACAUUGGUGCUCACCUGAACGCCUACACGUCGCGAGAACAGACCGUCUACUACGCCAAGGCGUUCCAGAAGGACGUCCCUAGCGCCGUCGGCAUCAUCUCGGACAUUUUGCAAAACUCGAAGUUGGAGAAGGAUGCGAUCGAGAGGGAGCGAGACGUUAUCCUCCGAGAGCAGGAAGAGGUUGACAAGCAGCUGGAAGAGGUCGUGUUUGACCACCUGCACGCCAUCGCCUUUGCCGGUCAGCCUUUGGGUCAGACCAUCCUCGGACCCAAGGACCACAUCAACUCGAUCUCGCAGGGUGACUUGCAGUCGUACAUCAACACCAACUACACUGCCGACCGAAUGGUCCUCGUCGGUGCCGGUGCCGUCGACCACCAAGAGCUCUGCAAGCUCGCUACCGAGCACUUUGCCUCGUUGCCCCAGUCGUCCAAUCCCAUCGCGCUCGGUCAGGGUGCUCAGCCCAAGACCGUCUUCUCCGGAGCCGAGGUCAGGAUCCGAGACGACACCAUGCCGACCUUGAACUUUGCCAUCGCCGUUGAAGGUGUCGGAUGGAAGUCGCCCGACUACUUCCCGAUGAUGGUCAUGAGCAGCAUCAUGGGCAACUGGGACCGAAGCUUGGGUGCGAGCCCGUUGUUGAGCUCCAAGCUGUCGCACAUCAUCUCGAGCAACAACUUGGCCAACAGCUUCAUGAGCUUCUCGACGUCGUACUCGGACACUGGUCUCUGGGGAAUCUACAUGACCACCGAGAACUUCACCGUCGUCGACGAUUUGACCCACUUUACCCUCCGAGAAUGGACCCGAAUGUCGCUCUCCCCCACUUCGGUCGAGGUUGAGCGUGCCAAGUCGCAGUUGAAGGCCAGUUUGUUGUUGGGUCUCGACGGAACCACCGCCGUCGCCGAGGACAUCGGUCGUCAGAUGGUGACCACCGGCAAGCGAUUCACUCCUCAGGAGAUCGCCCGCUCGAUCGACGCCAUCACCGUCGAGGACAUUCAACGAUGCGCAAAGACCUACCUGUGGGACAAGGACAUUGCCAUCGCCGCCAUCGGGCAGACUGAGGGUCUGCUGGAUUACAACCGUAUCCGAGCCGACAUGUCGAGCAUGAUCUACUAGACGCGGGGUGGGGAGAGAGUUUUAGAUGAUGAUGUGCAGCAUGCAUGUUUUGUACGGUAGAUGAUAGUGAAGAGAUGGAAGUGUGUCUGUGUUUGUGGGAAAGGAUUUCAUGGAAAAUAGCUCGAA